CAAUAAUUUAGCGUCGACGAGGACGUUGAAGAACAACUUGAAAAAUUGGCUAGGGUUGUUUUCAUCGGCAGUCUGUUCAUGACUAGAAUUAGAUGAACAUCUCUCUAUCCACCUUAACAUGUGAACAACGUUAACGAGGAGGUAAGACGAUCCGGAGAAGCUGGUGCGAUGUGCGUCACGCAUAUUCGCCGACGCAGUGGGCGAUGGGGAGGAACAGCUAAAGUGUGCUAUUGCGUCUAGAGGUAGUUUCAAAGCAGCUUCAUCUUACAACAACUACUACGCUGCGCUGGAGGAAGAAGCCGAUCUGCACCAGAAGGCGAAACUACCACCUUGUUUUCCCUGUAGCUGUAGUAAGCUGUAGUAAGCGUAGAAGGCGAAACUACCACCUCCCUCCUAAUAAAGGGCAACUGGAAAAUGCAGACGUUUGAUGAGAUUCGUGGCCCUGGUGGCAACAAGCGGUCUAGUUCCUUCUUCGAAUGUGAACGGGGAUGCACCUUCAAAUUCCUCGUGCAGACAUUCAUUCUUUAAGGAUACAGGAGUGAAUGCUUAACAAGUAAGUAGAUGACAACUAUGUAGCACUAGUAUAGAAGCAUUGACUUAAUAUUGUUAUUUCUUAUAAUAGUUGUUCUACAUCAGGGGUCGAAUGUACGGCUUCUCCGAUAGGUGUAGAUUUGUGGCCGAAUGUACGGUCUUAUGCGCCCCCUCCAGUAUAUAACUUGUAUGACAUCAUUAGUUGAGCGAGUUUUAUUAAUUGUUUGAAAGGGCGGUGGCAGAUAGUCCUAACGCCACAAAAAAAUAAUAAUAGGAAUUGCGUCCUCUGCGACAGGGACACACACAUGAACAUAGCAUUGACUGACAGACUUUGGGAGUUACCCCUGAAGCCAAUUUAAAUAGAAAGGGCAGCUCAUGAUCAUGAAUGUGGUGCACGUUCAGCAUGUUAUGAUGUAUGGUUCUGGUAUUUUUGGUAUAGCCUGAAUUUGAUCCUAAGGGUUCUCUUCUUGUUUUCCCUUAGGAUCAAACUCAGGUUACCAAAUACCAGAACCAUUCAUAUGAGUAGUUUUCCACACUUCGCGACCUUGUUCUAAUUCCACCUGAUAUCCCUGUCCGCCUUGCUCACAAUAUCGCUGUACAAUUACCUUCUAAUUCCACCUGAUAUCCCUGUCCGCCUUGCUCACAAUAUCGCUGUACAAUUACCUUCUGAUCCAGACGUUACGAGAGUCAGACUCCUACAAGGAUGUGCGACUUUUUGCCGGCAGACUCUCAGGGGGCGCAGCGUCAACAGAUCAUUAUGACUAAUUAAUAUUGCAUAAUUGGGCUUGGGGUAGUUCAAGUUAUAUUUCAAGAAUUUCUUGAUCUUGUCCUCGUAGUUGUAGAAAUAGAAAAACACGACUGAACAACUAAAACAAGAAGAAUGAGUUGUCACCCGUCAAAAGCUACAGACCUUUUGUAGACAGACAAAAAAUUUCUUCUUCUAAUCUUCAACAUCAGCACCUCAAGCAGCUACUACUCCUGACCCGGCCUCGAAACCGGUGGCAGCCAACAGUUUAGAGCUUGACGUGGAUGCCGUUACAGAGAAGGCAGAGCUAGUGGCAGCGGAGGCUUUGAUGGAUGUAACUAGAGUUCCGCCAGUUGCAGCACCAGCUGUUGUACAGAAAGCACCAACAGAAGUUAUGAGGAUGUAGUCCAGGACUAGAUGCAUGCGUGGUAGUUUUUCUCAUCAACACUUUAACCUACUUAUUAAAUCUAUACUACUAGAUCAGAUCUAGACUUCAUCAUUGUUCUACUUCUAGUUGUACACGACCAAGUUCAUUGCCUACUAGUACUUCACCACCAGAAUCAGAAGCAAAACUUCUUCUAACAAAAUAGUCCAGCAAGCUGCUCUUGCGACAACGGCACCACCUCCAGCCUUGACCAAUCCUGGCGAGUCGUUUGGAAUGGCUGCUUUUACCUCCGGAAAAGAUGUCCUAUCCUUCACUAUCCCAGACGCCGACACGAUCACAUUCUCUGCAUGGAUAUACUUACCGGAGAUUCCGGUACUAGAAGGACUCUCGUCUGUUCUACGUGCGUUUCUAGGUGGUCUUUAUUUAAGGAAAAGAAAUCACACAAGGACAUAGCUUAACUUUCCUGAGUCAGCUAAAGUCUACUAGCUUACCUCAAGUAGAGCAAAAAAGUUAUUUCAAUAGAGUUUAAGUGCUUUUCGCUUCACAGGGAGAGGGUGAGGGACAUGACGUAUGAUGAUCAUGACAUAUCCAAAAAUACCAAUUUAUCUACAUCAAACUCCACCAGGGUGACGCCAUGCCUUCCGAGAGUCAGAGCAUCAAGACGAUAGCGAGUACGAAGACUAGCGGAUGUGAGUCCACUCCCGACAGCUUUGGUUGGGCUUUUUUUGUGCAUGAAUGGGGAUCCUUGAACCAGCAGUUGCGACUUCAGUGGACAGUUGCAGGAACAGCGUGUCUAGAACUUCGUGCAAAGGCCUUGGUCAAGUACAACAAGUGGCAACUAGUAGGCUUUUCGUUUUCGGGAAAACGGGCUAUGAUGUAUGUGGGGAAACAGUUACGGACGAAAAAGUAAUCAUGAUGAAUUUCUAGUAAUGGUACUACUUACUCAAGGCGACGAGGAAGCAAUCGUCAAUUACUAGUACAACAACGAAAUAGGAAAAGGAAUUGUCGUGCUGCGAAGUGAACUAUACUCUAGAAGAAGACGUAGAAGAAAACUAGAAGUACACAGAGACUACAAACCCUCAGCCUCCUUUUUUCCUUCAUAUCCCUUAGUCUUCAACUCCAAAGAACCUACUCUAAACCGAUUCCGACCCCUCACCCAAAGGGACCUGCCGAAAUCGUUUAGAGUAGGUUUUUUGUGAAGGCCUUUUUGCGGGAUCGUCGGGCAGCAGAGCCUGGCCGGUUUUUGCAAACUCCGAAAAACCUACUCUAAACGAUUUCGGCAGGUCCCACCUCACGACCAUUAGCGUGUGAGUAGUUUUUUACGUUCCAUACCUCCUUUUUUCCUUCAUAUCCCUUAGUCGCAGAUUCCGAGACUACAAACCCUCAGCCUCCUUUUUUCCUUCAUAUCCCUUAGUCGCAGAUUCCGAUGCUGCCGAGGGCGAUUUUUUCGCACGUGGCGCCUCUUACUCAGGUCCACUCUGGCCAAGAGACGAAGCAAAUCGGGCUACCGAUAAACUCUUCAUAGGAGGUUUCAGACCAGAAGCACAGGGAAUGCAUGGAUUCAUUUAUGGGACGAAAGAAAUUUUUGAAACUUGAUUGAAACUUGAUACAGUGAGGAAGCGAAAUCAUGAUGUAGAUGUUGACAUUGAGUAAAAAAAGUGAUAUUGAUAUUCUCAGCAACAGCAUCUUCUAAUUCUCGGGUUACAUGCUCGAUAUCCGGUACUACGCGCAUUCUUGGGGUACGGAUGCGAAGCAGUUUUUCGACUUCUCGACAACGAGAAUGGAUGAUGCCGUAGCACCAGAUAAAAAGAACCUUUUAGACAAGACUAAGGUGAAAGCGCAUAUCCAAUUCAAGCAGGCGCCAGGACCUGUCGAAAAUAGGAUAACGGGAGAGCCUGGAGUAGCGCAAAGCUUGAUGAACCCGCAACAACAAGGAGCACCGGCGCCACUAUUCAAGAGCGUGCCGUACUACCUCUUUUUGAAUGUUGUCGAUUGCAGAUUUUGUAGCAAACAAAUACAAUUUGCCUCAGUCUCUCUUGUUGUCCCUUUCGUCGUAAUUCUCCUUGGUAUAUCGUGUGCAGCUCCAUAUUAAUCGCCAAGGCUAUACUACAUGUGAUUCGAAGAAGUUGCGUAAGUCGUACAAGUACCUCCUCGGUUUCGCUCUCGUCCGAAUAACCCUUGAACGUGGUCCGGAACCACCCCUACGCCUCCUCUUAGCCUUCCAUCGUUGCGUCAGGCUCUCUUCAGAUCGGUCUCAACAUUUCACUUCAAUUCGAACAACAUCCCCCAAGACCAAAACCUGUACCAAUAAAGUUUUCCCUCAUUAUACAUAGUUAAUUUGAAUUUAUUCUGUCAAGAAAGAAGAUAUCCGCAACACUAGUAUUGCAAGAAAGAACAUAUUACAGCUCCGAGUACUACUAGUGGAAGUUCCUUGGUGCUGUCGUUUGAUCUGCUGAAGCAACAUUACUCCUAUCACCCUUCAUCUUGCUUCUUGCAACAUCUUCAUGAAAUUCUUAGCGUGACUCCUGACAGAUUGGCAUUACUUAUAGAUACAACGACACAUGAAGUAGGACAGGGGGAUGCACAACGAACUGAAGCUUAGCACACGAAAAUACAUUGCUUCACGAUUACUACAGUCACACACGACAGACUCAAACAUCCACUAGCGAGCACAUCAAAGAAAUACAAAAUCCAGAGUUGUCAAUACCCGUCUUCUCAUUUUUGUCAUACACACUUCUUAUCACGACAACAUUCGAGUCAUCAAUCAAGUACAUCUAAAAAAACCUUAAGUAGAUCGAGCUAAUAAUGAUCACCACGAGGACCAUGGCAUACAGAAAAAGUCGAACAUGAAGGUGAACAUCAUCCAGAAAAAUAGCUGAACAGACUCACUGGAAACUACUUCUACUUGCUUCUAGAAGAUAGAUAGAUUUAGACAGGAGUCAAUUUUUAUAAUCACGUAAUCAUGUAUUCCUCAGCACAAAAACUUGUUGUUACAGCUGUGGCUGCGCAGCAACUUUUCCUAGGACUUAACGCUGUAGAAGUAAACGCACAUGACAUACAUACACGCCACGGCGCCGUUCAGCCAACUACAGGCUAUAAUUCAUUUUACAUAGAUCCAGAUGAAGAGCUUCAAGAUAGUCCUGUACUGGUAGCUAGUAGCACAAAGGAUAAUAGUGUAAUACCAAGUCCUCAAAAACAAAAUUCCCAAGGCCGCUCACAACAGAGUAUUAACUUUCAACACCAAUUUCUUCUAAAUGCUAACGAUUUAGACACUACUAGUCCUAGCAUUGUAUCUCCCCCAGCCGCCUCCCGGCAAAGAACCCCGCCCACCACCGAGCAGACCUCCUGCUGCGGCAAUGGUGCACCAAAAGAUUCCACUACCACCACCGCCACAACCUCUACUAGAUACGUCGAGAAACCGGACUUGUCCUGGAUCCCGAAGGGUCCAGUCAGCGACAUCAAUGAGAUCACCGAUGUCACACCACGUCCGGUGCUUAGUGAUGCCGAGAUCAAGGGAGCAUGGCCCAGUCGGUGGACUGACAAAUUUUCAGCCGAAGAUUUGAUGAAGUCACAGCGGGAGGCGGAUUUGAUGGCGGAAGAAGUCAGGAAAGAGAUGGUGCACUGUUGGAGAGGAUAUAAGGUAUAUUAUUUGUUAGUUGUCAUAUAGAAAUAAGAUUGAUGGUUGUUUAGGUUUGUAAAACCAAAAAUAAGAUGAAUUAGUAGAAGAACUACGAUGAAAAUAUGAUGAAUAUCUAUAUCUUCUGAUUUACUUCUUCUUGUUCGUUGUAGUUCUCUCAACUUCAACUAGUACAUUCCUCAGCAAAUCACAAAACAUCAAUCCACUCGGAACUACCUCAGUCCACCGCUUGGGGUCGCGACGAGGUCCGUCCCGUCACCGGAGGUGGCCACAACUGGGUGUCAAUCGGCAUCACAAUCCUGGACUCCCUCGACACGAUCUACCUGAUGGAUCUGCAACAGGAAUUUGCAGAAGGCGAAGAUUUCGUCCGAAAUCUAGACUUUGCAGCCGUCAGAUCAGGUUACCAUUCGUUGUUCGAGGUAACGAUCCGAGGACUGGGUGGCUUGUUGUCCGCGUUCUUAUGUUCACAUGUCACUUGAUGCAGCAUCAUCAGAGUGAUCAGGUACAGCCUUGGCUGCACUUCUUUCACAUUUAUCUCAUUUCCAUGUCUAACCCUUUCCCUCUCCGGACACGACAUUUUCCUGACCAAGGCAGCAGAUCUCGGCCAAAGGCUUAUGCGAGCCUUCGUACUAGAAAGUGGUUUGCCCAAACCACAGAUCGAUUUGGCUAGUGGCGGCUCUAGAUGGGUGAAUUGGGCCAGCGGGACUAAUAUCGCAGAAGUAGGAACCCUACAGCUCGAGUACAGAUUUUUAGCGGCGCACACAAAAAGACAAGAGUUCUGGACGACCCCAGAUAAGGCGUUCAUGAAAAUCGUAGAGAACAGUGAAAACGUGGGCAAGGGGUUGGUGCCGAUCUUUUUGGGUACAUUUUACAACUGUUUUUGUUCCUAUUAUUUCUAACUUGUACUACCCUUACCACAACAGAUGAAACUCCAAUCGCUGUUGUAGUGCCUUGCCAUGAAUUACAACUUUUUCUUUGUAUUUGAUUGUUGCAAUACAACUACUCACUUUCCAUUUCCAACUACCAGGUUCCAAGCAAGCCUCGGCUGCUAGUGGUUUCUUUGGGAGCAAGAUAUCUCUAGGAGCCAUGGGAGACUCGUAUUACGAGUAUCUCAUCAAACAGUACAUCCAAAAUGGGAAGCGAGAUACGAGAUAUAAGAACCUUUUCUUAUGGCGGAAGUAUCUAUUCUUGUUCUACUUCAUCUUCAUUUGCUCCUACUGUUCUAUUGAAAAUAAGUGCCACUGGUAGCUGAGUGUGCUGAAAAAUGAAAAUACUUCCCAGUAUUCAAACCGCAUUCCUCUAAUCCCAGUCAAAGCCAUGAACGAGAUGAUGGACCGCCUCAUUGUGAAGACGAACCGAGGAACUAUCUUCGUGGCUGAAGAGAACGGCGGUCGGCGUUUGGAUCGCAUGGACCAUUUGGCCUGCUUCGUGUCAGGAAUGCUCUUGUUAGGCGUCAUGGAGCUCCCGCAAAGCGAUGUGGACCCAAGGUGGUUUCCGGCUGCAGAGGGGAUUGCGGAGACGUGCUAUAAUUAUGAACCUGCUCUUCCUUUUGCUGUUUGAGAAUGAAAAUGAACUUGUAGUACCAGAUGAAGUACUACAAUUUAGGAUGGAGAAGGAGCUGUUGUAGAUGUACAACUACAUUCACUUGACCUAGAUCGUGCUCGACCACGACGACCGUAAUAUAAAUAUUCAUGUAAGAAAGUACUCCUCAGACAGCACAGACAUCCCAGCUUCAACAAUCUAAAUCUUUCUCUAAUGAGAAAUGUACAAGCUUGCGCGCACAGGCUUGAGCCCUGAAUACGUCAAAUUCGAUGUCAACGCCAAAGAGGGGCAGCCGGAUAUCAUCCUGCCGCCAGAUGGAGCACACAACUUGCUGAGACCUGAGGCGAUUGAGGCGAUUUAUUAUAUGUGGUACCUUUUCAUCAGUUUCAUCAGGUCGCGGAUGACAGGUGAAAAACUAUUCAAAUAGAAAUCGAAUGACGAUUAGAAAUGCCAACUAACUUCUUGUUCCCACCAUAUUGUUGAAAUCCUUGAUGUAACCGGUCACACCAACCUCAACUUCUUCUUCCAAGGUACUACACCGGCGACCCGAAAUAUCGUGUUUGGGCACGCGAGAUGUUUCUGGCGUUCAAGAAGCACAGCAAAGCCAAGUAUGGCUACACGGCUCUCCGGGAUGUCCGCAACCCGACCAUUCGCAGCAACCAGCAGGAAUCCUUUUGUUAUGGGGUACAGUUUCACUUUCAUUUCAUAGAAGACUAGAGAACUUCUAUGAAACGAACAACUCAUCUUGACACACGAUAUAAGCAGUAAGAGAUACGUUGACGUAAGUGGAUAAUGAUGAUGUGGCUGGUUGAGAACCACUUAACCACUUCUCUCCAUAUUUGUUUCCACUCAUCCUAAGACACGAUUAAGUACUCAUCUUGACACACGAACUACAACUGCCUUCUCUCUAAUCAUCGAUGGCUGAGACCAUGAAGUAUUUCUACUUGAUCUUUUCGCCGCGACAGAGAUUGGAUCUCCAUGAGUGGGUGUUGUCUACCGAGGCGCACCCAUUCAAGAUGCCAAUCGAGAUGCCGAAGGAGGGAAGAUGAGGAGGAGAUUAGCUCUUUCUCGAGGAAGGAGGGGGGAAGAUGAGGAGGAGACUAGCUCUUUCUCGAGGAAGGAGGGGGGAAGGUUAGGAGGAGAUUAGUUCUUUCUCGAGGAAGGAGGGGGGAAGAUGAGGAGGAGGAGAUUAGCUCUUUCUCGAGGAAGGAGGGGGGAAGGUGAGGAGGAGAUUAGCUCUUUCUCGAGGAGGUGGAAGGUAAUUAAGUAUUACUUAAUUAGAAGAUCAUUAAGUAUUACUCACUUCUAGAAGAGUUCUACAACUGAGUAAUCAGAGUUGACCUUGAGUGAGUCGGAGACGGGUCGAGAGGUCAACAGGGACAAGGUGUGUCCAUAUAUUUUGAUUUCUGAGCUUCAUAUGCAAUGCAUGCAUGGAUGCAUAACAAAGUAAAUUUGAUGACGACUUGUCAUGAUUCUUGUACAAAAAUUUUUGGGAAGGUGAUUUUAUUUAGUUCAACUUGAAUUUUUCAAUCUCAAUUAAGAGCAUUCUUGAUUCAAACUCCUAGCCAAACAAAUAGCACAUUCAUUGUUUUCUUGAAGUUACAGUUACACCAUGAUCGAUGACGGCAAAAAAUUACGUAUUCAAGUUCUUCCCCAUAGCAGUUACGUUUUCGUUCAGUUGCACUUCCACUUCCAACAACAGAAAAGCAUUGCGGGAUUUCCACUAUUCAACAUGAAGAGCUCUCUAUAGCAAACCCGCCGUGCGAUUUUCACUUAAAAAUCGGAGAAACUACAGGAGCUCCAGACAUACCCAGAUGAGUUUGAUGAAGACAAAAAAUCGUCGAAGCACAACAGGUAGUACAGUUGUAAGAAAGUACUUAAAAGAGUUUAAACAUUUUCCCGCAUAACCGCAACCUUCCUUCCCAUAAUACCCAUGCUGCAUUCCCAACCCCACGCCACUUAAUUCAUUGAUUCGCUGCACCAGCUAUAAAGAAGACAUGGCCUGACG